AUGAAUAACCAAGGAGUAACCUGUGCAGAACUGAAGGUAGCCAAGAACUCAAAGAGGCAGCAAAUAAAACCUAAGGGCACUAAAAGUUCCAUUUCAAUAACUGAGCAGGAAAUAACCUAUGCAGAAUCAAAUCUUCAAAAUGCUUCUCAGAAUCUUCGAGGGAAUGACAAGAACUACCACUGCAAAGAUUUACCAUCACCUCCAGAGAAGCUCAUUGCUGGGGUUCUGGGAAUCAUCUGCCUUGUUUUGAUGUCCAGUGUGGUAACAAUGAUAGUUUUUACUCCCUCUACUGCAAUACGGGAGCAGAAUAACUCCUCUCCGAUAAAAAGGCUCCAGAAAGAAUGUCAUUCUGGUCAUUGUCCAAAACAGUGGUUUACAUGUUCCAACAAUUGCUAUUGUAUUCAUUUGGAAAAAAAAACAUGGCAUGAGAGUGUGAUGGCCUGUGCUGCUAAGAACUCUACUCUGCUUUAUAUAGAUAAUGAAGAAGAAAUGAAAUUCCUGAUGUCCCUAUCAAUUAUGUCAUGGAUUUCAGUCUUUCGUAAAGGCCGUGAUCAUCCAUGGAUGUGGCUAAAUGGUUCAACUUACAAACUACAUAUAACAGACCGAUCACCUGAUGAACGUAACUGUGCUCUGCUCUAUAAACAUGGCAUUAAAUCAGACAGUUGUGAGCGUCCACAUACAUAUAAUUGCAAGGAUCAGCUUUAG